ACUGGGCUGAGUUCCACUUGCAGUAGCCGACUUGACUGGCGGUGAACCGAGGGUGAUGUGUGGGAAGCUUCUCGAGAUAUUUUUCUACAAUUGAUGCUACUGCGGCUCCCUGGCACUGAUCUAUGUGCAGUUUUAAGCUGUCCCUCCUGAUCCAGCCCUCUAUGAAAUAUGUCACGCUCCUUCCUCUUAUCAGCUGAAACAUACCUCUCUCUAGAAGACCUUUCCCACUUAUACUCCCUCUCCCAGUCUCUUUUCUUCUCAACCAUCUCCCCAUUUCGUUCUCUCUCUUUCACUUCCCUCUCCCACCUAUUCCUCUCAAAUAUUUUCUCCCUCUCCCAAUUUGUAUCCUUUUCAUUCUCCCUUUCUCUAGCCCUCCUGCUCCACUCUCCAUUUUUCUCCCUCUGUUGUUUUAGGUCCUUCUCAGCCCUCCUGUCUCUACUCACCUCUGGCUUGUUCACAAUUUCCCUUUCCAUUCUUUCCAACCUCUCCCACUCUUCUGCAAGUGCCCUCUUCUUCUCUCUUCUCUCCCUAUUUAACUCUUCUCUUUUCUCUCUCUGCCACUCAAUAUCCUCCCGGCUUUUAUCCCUCAUCAUCAACCUCUCCCUCCUUUCCAUCUCGUGAACUCUCUCCUUUUCCCUUCUCUGCUCAGCUGAGGACACCUUGCUCUCGAUCCACUCCUUUUCCCUUUCCACUGGUCUCCUAAUAUGCCUCUCUGCCCUCUUAGUGUUAUCACCUGAGACAGUUCUCUCCCUCUGCUGCAUUUCUCUCACUUUUUCCUGAGUUUUCAACAGCUUCUCCUGAAGUAUUAGUUUAUCCAUUUCAAUUUUCCUUGCCAUCCUCCGCUCAUAAUCCAGCCUCUGUUGCUCUCCCUUUGAUCGUUUGUACCCAGCAACCCUUCUGCUGUUUGUGUUCUCUUCCAAUGAUGGUGAAGGAUCCUCAGCCGGCCUUCUAUGGCUUAUUAUGCCACUUCUUCUAUCAUACUCUGAAUGAUCAUGUGGUGGUGAGGGAAAAUACGGAGGGAGUCUUUGAAACUCAUUAGGUUUACAAGCUACCUCGUCAUUACUCAACCUAUCUAUGAUUAGAGUUCUUUUAUGGUAAACAGGCUUCAGUGAAAAUGCCUUGUCCACUCCAUCUGCUUUGCCCCCAGACACAAUAUCACCUGGUUCUUCAGGGUAAACAUACUUUGUCCUUGCUGAGUUAUGUGUUCUGCUUUGGGAGGAAUAUUUGGAUUGAGGAAAUGUCUCUUGGGAAUACUGUUGCUGCCAUUCAUUCAUGGCAGUCCUUUCCCUUGGUCUAUGAUCCUCAAAAGGUUGCUCUCGAAGGCUGGUCGGAUGUUUCAAAGGGUGAUGCAAAGCUCUUGAGCGGUCCUUCACAGGUGGGAGUUUUUCCAAUAUCACUUCUUUAUCCAAUAAAAGAAAAGGGCCAGGGUGAGGAUGCUGAGCCAUUUGCAACCGAUGCAUAAUUAUACCCCCAAAGAAAUAGCUGAUUAUGGGUUGAUUUUACUUGUUGAGAAGAUGAGGCCUAGCUAGCUAACUAUAUGACUUAGCUAGCUAAACGUUACAUGAAUUGACUCACCAGCUGCUCUCCUUCUAGAAUUGGCAGAUUUCUCUUUGUGAUUCUCUUUCAGCAUUUCACUACAGCUUAGCAAUGGCUACUCCAAGACAUGACUAAUUAUCUUCUUUAAAAUUAGGUUGUGAAUAUCUCCAAAAUGUGGAAAAUAUUGACAGAAGUAGCAACAUGCACACACUUAGCACCUGUUUUGUUGGUAUCAGUUGCCUAGAAACAAAGUAUUUUGUUAACGUUUUCUGAUUGGUGCAGUGCUGUCAUCCGGAAGCAUUGACCGGAUGUUACGAAAAUAGCUGUCUGAAUGAAAAUCUCCAAACUGCCAAAACAUUUUGGAGGAAGCUGAGCUAAGCUGGGAUGUCUACUGAAGAGAUGAUUUCAGUAGAUUAUGAAAUAUUUGGGAGAGUUCAAGGUGUAUUUUUUCGAAAAUACACUCAGGCAGAGGGGAAAAAGCUAGGUUUGGUCGGCUGGGUGCAGAACACAGAGGCAGGAACUGUGCAGGGGCAGCUUCAAGGUCCAAGCAACAAGGUGAGACAGAUGCAGGAUUGGCUGAAGUCCACUGGGAGCCCCAAGUCACAAAUCAUCAAAGCAGAGUUCAAGAAUGAGAAGAACGUCAAGAGUUUGGAUCACUCAACGUUCAAAAUAGUUCGCCCUUGAAUUUAUUUCAUACAGUAUUACAUUCCAAACUAACGUGUGAGAUAUACUUGUUAUUUAAAAUGAGUAUUGUUUUGUUAGAGUUCCUGAAAUGGAAAGCUUUAGAAAUGUACUGUAAAUAAUUUAAACUUAUUUCAAUGUAUGUUAGGCCUUAACUCUGAAUUGUGUGUUAAUGUGUAAUAUUUAAAAUACAACUCAAAUAAAAUAUUUA